AUGGUCGUCGCCGUCCUCCCCGCCCUCAUCCCCGACAUCCGUCGCGUGUACGAGUCCUACUUCACCGCCUUCAAAGGCGAGCGCAUGGGCGAAAUCAUGCUCCAGAUCCUUUUUCCCGGCAUCGACACGGACGCGCCCGACUUCCGCGCCGCCCACGCCAAGGGCACCCUCGAGUACUGGCACACGUCCGACACGCAGUACACGUACAAGGCCGUCGACAUGGCCGACGGCGAGAUCCUGGGCAUGGGUCUGGUCGACAUUUAUGUGCGGGAGCGGUCCGAGGAAGAGCGCCGGAACCACGGCGUCCCCUGGCUCGAGGGCGAGCAGCGGGAGAGGGCCGAGAAGGUGCUGAACCCUCUGCAUGAGAUGCGGGAACAAUUGUUUGGUGGCAAGCCUUAUAUCUAUGCCCACGUCAUCGCCGUCGACCCCAAACACCAGGGCCGUAAGGGUGGCAUGGCUCUUGCCAAGUACGGUUUCGAAAUGUCGGAGCGGUGCCAGCUGCCCGUCUACUUCGAGGCCUCCCCUUCGUCUAUCGGUCUUUAUACAAAGGCCGGCUAUGAGGUCCUCAAGGAGACUAUUGUCCACAAGGCUGAGACGCUCGGCACCGAGGAGGAUGUCGUUGUUCCUUUGGUCGUUCGCAUGCCCUCGUCGGCGAACGGCAUGAGCUUUUAUGAGUGGAAGGAGAAGGGAUACCCCAACUUUAACGCUCCCUCUGCCAAGACCAAGUUGUAA